GGAGAGGGAAGCAAGGCGAAACAGUCAAAAGCCCUAGGAGAGUGGAAAGGCAGUAUAGUGAAGACCAGGGACGGUGAACUGGAGGAGCAGAACAACUUCAUCCAACUCGAGUGACUUUACACUAUCCCAGACGCUCUACAUUAUAUGUGUGUGUGUGUAUGAUGAUGGCCAUGCGGUCGUCGCUUGUGUCUGUGGCGGUGUGUGUGUUGGCUGUGUAUGUGGGUAUGGGUUUGUGUGAGCCCAUCAGUUUGCGUCUUUCUGGAGACAGGCGUAAGCACUACGAGGGCCGACUGGAGGUGUAUUAUCGUGGAGAGUGGGGGACGGUGUGUGACGACGACUUCGACAUGAACGCAGCACAUGUCGCGUGUAGACAGCUUGGAUACCUCGGUGCUGUCUCUUGGGUUCCAUCUGCUAAAUACGGCAAAGGAGAAGGUACUAUCUGGUUGGAUAAUGUACACUGUACAGGGAGAGAGGCAUCGAUCGCUGACUGUCAGUCGAACGGGAUUGGUGUUUCAGACUGUAAACACUCGGAGGACGUUGGUGUCGUCUGUACACAAAAACGCAUCCCAGGAUUCAAACACAUCAUCACUGAAAGUAACGAUGUGGAGACUCUGGAUGUGCGGGUGGAGGAUGUGCGUAUCAGAGCCACCUAUUCCCAUCGUAAGCGUGUUCCCAUCACGGAGGGCUUCGUAGAAGUCAAGGAUGAGGGCCAAUGGCGGCAGAUCUGCGAUGAGAGCUGGACUCCACAAAACAGCCGUGUAGUAUGUGGCAUGUACGGCUUCCCUGGAGUGAAGGGCUUCAAUGUUAAAGCCUACAAGCUUCUGUCCCAGCGCAGGAAGAAGAACUACUUUGGUUUCUCGGUGAACUGCACUGGAAAUGAAGCUCAACUGACCGAGUGCAGGAUGGGCAAAGCGUUAAAAGUGAUGAAAAACCUGAACGGCACAUGUUCGAAUGGAAUGCCCGCUGUCAUCAGCUGUGUUCCUGGAAGAGCCUUCGCACCCACACAUUCGUCAGGAUUCAGGAAAGCCUACAGAGCAGAGCAACCCCUGGUACGUCUGCGUGGAGGCGCGAAAGUGGGUGAGGGUCGAGUGGAAGUGCUAAAGAAUGGCAUCUGGGGAACAAUUUGUGACGAUAACUGGGACAUGAAAGCCGCCGGCGUGGUGUGUCGCGAGCUCGGCUUCGGCACUGCUAAAGAAGCUCUGACUGGCGCGCGAAUGGGACAAGGAAUGGGCCCGGUGCACAUGAACGAGGUGCAGUGUUCAGGGUUCGAGAAGUCUCUGACUGAGUGUCAUUUUAACAGAGAGUCUCUGGGCUGCAGUCAUGAGGAGGACGCAGCUGUGAGGUGUAACAUCCCUGCCAUGGGCUUCCACACCAGGCUGCGUCUGAGCGGAGGCAGGAAUCCGUACGAGGGCCGAGUGGAGGUGCUCUCUGAGAAGAACGGCUCGAUGGUGUGGGGGACGGUGUGCAGCGAGAGCUGGGGAGUCAUGGAGGCCAUGGUGGUGUGCAGACAGCUCGGAUACGGCUUUGCCAAUCAUGCCUUCCAGGAGACAUGGUACUGGCAGGGUGAGGCCGGAGCUGAUACGAUAGUGAUGAGUGGAGUUCGUUGUUCAGGUACCGAGAUGACUCUGGCUCAGUGUCUCCAUCACGGAAAAUAUGUCAAAUGCCCGAGAGGAGGAGGACGAUAUGCUGCUGGAGUCUCCUGCACUGAGAAUGCCCCGGACCUGGUGCUAAACGCAGAGAUCGUGGAACACACCACGUAUCUGGAGGACCGGCCGUUGUACGCUCUGCAGUGCGCCCAUGAGGAGAACUGCCUCGCCAACAGCGCCAAUACGGCCGACCCAUCCUCAUACCGAAGACUGCUGCGCUUCUCCUCUCAGAUCCACAACAACGGACACAGUGACUUCAGGCCGCGCGCCGGACCGCACGCCUGGGUGUGGCACGAGUGUCACAGGCACUACCACAGCAUGGAGAUUUUCACUCACUACGACCUUCUGAGUUUGAACGGCACUAAAGUGGCUGAAGGACACAAAGCCAGCUUCUGCCUGGAGGACAGCGAGUGUGAUGAAGGCAUACAGAAGCGUUAUGCGUGUGCUAAUUUCGGUGCUCAGGGGAUCACAGUGGGCUGCAGGGACACAUACAGACACGACAUCGAUUGCCAGUGGAUCGACAUCACUGACAUCAAACCUGGAGAUUAUAUAUUUCAGGUUGUAAUUAACCCUAAUUACGAAGUAGCUGAGUCUGAUUACACCAAUAACAUCAUGAAGUGUAAAUGUCGCUAUGAUGGAUAUCGGAUCUGGACCUACAACUGCCAAACAGGUGGCUCUCGAAGUACAGAUUUCGAUGAAUUUACUGGAAUAAAGACCAAUCAGCUUCAGCGCAGGUAGGAACACAGCCAGAGAGAGGAACGUGAAGUGCGGAGCGGAGCCCAGUCGAACCAACCACUAAAGCAGGGAUGAUGACGUGACCAUCGAGCUCUUGUCAUUUCUUUGUUUACUGUCUAGAAGUUGUGACGUCUAUCAUUACAUCAUUACAUUAGCCGCCUUUUUUGUAGCGCUGUAUCACAAAUGACAUACAAACUACAAACAGCCAGCUUCUCAUCUUGAUAGUAAUUUAUUAUAGUUGGAAAUGUCGUGAGGUACAAUAACGAGCUCCAAAAUGCCUGAUUGUUUAGUAUAUAAU